AUGCCAACAGCCUCAAAGGUUAGCCACAUCAUCGGGGCAGUCGGUCUGGUUCUUGUCACCGUCCUGUACAUUGCGCUUCUGCUGAUACCAUGGGUCUAUACAUGUGGCCUCAGCACCGGCCCCGUCUGGGUAUCAAAUCCCAAGACGCGGACAGAGCUACCUCAUGGGGUUGAACCCAUCAAUGUGGACCGCAUGGCCGACUACGACAAAGCGAUCAAGACCAUGAACACCAUCACCUCCAUCGUCGCCCUACCAGUCGUGUACGCCGUCGUCCAACGUGCUGCCAGUGUUGGGUCGGAGUCCAAGCAUAACUUGUGGGACAAUGCCGCCUUGUCGUGCUCUGAUUCUACCUCCAUUCGCACUCUUGUCGUGAGCCAUGAGACCAUCAAGGUUCCAACCUCCUUUCUCGGUCAAGGUGUUAAGGCUCUUGACGCUACACCUCAAAUGCUAGAGAUGUUAUGGCCCGAAGCUGGCCAGGCAUCAGACGUGUCAACAACACCCUCACUCGGCGGGUUUCGUCCAGCCAAUGAGCCGGACAUAAUGGAUCUCUCCCACCAACACAUGUUUGUUUCAUUAGUCCCCAGACUGAACACGGGCUACUACCAAAGCCAUACUUUGCGGAUGAAGAGUCUUCCGGAUUGCAAGGCGAUUGCCCAGUUUCCCCCGGUUUGCUCUGGACCAAGACCAUUUGCAAGAGUCUUUGAAUCACCAAACACCUUGGUGACUGUUUGCGUACCCGGGGCAUCAGGACGCUCGCCAUGGCCGGAAAGGAGCCGAGACAGACGCGAUAUCAAGGAAGAUCUGUUUAUACGGAUGGUCCGGAAUGUUUUGACGGGUGAUGUCCGAAAUCCCUCGCAAAUCAGGCAUCAGAAAACAUACCAUUGCACAGCAACCACGACAAGGGGGUACUUUGAGUUGCCCAACUAUCUCAACGAAGAGAAAGUUGGGCCACUGCUAAACACAUUCCCUGAUCUGGGGUUUGAUGACCUAGAAGGGCACUUUGUCGACGUGAGUCCUAAUCGUGACGUGCCGCUUGACAGCCCCGAUUUUGUUGAAAACUUUACCACCGAUCCAUUCUUAUCCCUCGGGCCGACCGAGCCAUCAAACAUUGCCCCAGGGCCACUCAUGAUCUCCGCCCAGGCUCUUUUUGGUAACCAAACUUGGUUCCACACCCUGGCUCGGGCUUUUAUCAACAGCACGGCGUCCAACAAUGCAUCGCUCCCACGGCUUGACGCCCUGGAGACGCUUCAGAUGGUGUGCUUGGAAAACAACAUGCCUCUGGCACGGUUUUCUGCCUUUCCUCCAGCCGAGAUGUUCAUUUCUGACCGCCGCAUGUCCAAGGAAUGUCAAUCUGUUCUCACUCCCCGGAGCAGGCAAGAGGAAAGAAUCACAGAGCAACAAGCCGCUACCAAGUUGGAAAACAUGAUGAACGACAUCCUUUCAGUGUUUGAACGAGGGCCCAACACGACCUUGUGGACUGCCAUGGUUCUGGCAAACGAAGCCGUCUUGCAGGCCGCCACCCAGGAUAGUACGUUGGCGCGCAAAGUUUUUGUCGAUCUGGGCCAGGUGAUGACGAACAAGCCCGUCCUAACCCAAGGCGCAGUUGUUGGUGUGAGCCUUCUCGUUGCGUUCCAGGUAUUGGGGCUGGUAGUUUUGGCAGUGUAUUUGAUGAUUGGGAGCUUUGAACCAGCCUGGUUCAUGAAGAGAUUUGCGGGCGAUGGGGAGACGGGGGCUGGUAGCAAAGGGGUAACAAACGAGUAUGAUGAGGAACCCUUGAGGGACCUGAGCACGCCAGCGGGUAGUGUGAGAUGGUAG